UUAGUUUUGUAUUUACCGGCUAACCAGCGCGCCCUGAACGCGGCGCGGCGCUGCCAUGUUGUUGUUGUAUUUUCUGGGCAGCGGCGGAGUUUCCAGCUGCUGUAGCUGUCUGCGGACGCGGUGGGUAGUUUCGGUGGGGGAGGCACUGCUUUAAUCACUCUAUUUGGAUUACAACCGAGUUUCAAGUCACAGCAAAAGUUGCCGGACAACGGGAGCUGCAGUCGGGUGAGGUGAAGAUGGUGGACCGGCUUGCGAACAGCGAGGCCAACUCCAAGCGGAUUGCGGUGGUUGAGAGCUGCUUCGGCGCUGCAGGUCAGCCACUGGCCAUCCCAGGCCGUGUGCUGAUUGGUGAGGGUGUUCUCACUAAACUCUGCCGCAAGAAGCCAAAGGCACGGCAGUUCUUCCUCUUCAACGACAUCCUGGUUUAUGGUAACAUCGUCAUUCAGAAGAAGAAGUACAAUAAGCAGCACAUCAUCCCUCUGGAGAGCGUCACCAUCGACACAGUGCCAGAUGAAGGCGACCUGCGCAAUGGCUGGCUCAUCAAGACGCCCACCAAGUCUUUCGCUGUGUAUGCUGCUACUGCCACCGAGAAGUCUGAAUGGAUGAACCACAUAGGGAAAUGUGUCGGAGACUUGCUGCAGAAGAGUGGCAAGUCCCCUACAGGAGAGCAUGCGGCUGUAUGGGUGCCCGACUCAGAGGCCUCUGUGUGCAUGCGCUGCAAGAAGGUGAAGUUCACGCCAGUCAGCCGCCGCCACCACUGCAGGAAAUGUGGAUUUGUGGUCUGUGGGCCUUGCUCAGAGAAGAAGUACCUCCUUCCUAGCCAGUCGUCCAAACCGGUUCGCGUCUGCGAGCACUGCUACGAGCAGCUGACAUCCGUAAACCUCCAGGCGCGCUCAGACUCCAUCACUCGGCCGGGGUCAAAGUUCCACAGCAACAACCUCUCGGACGAUGACGACGAUGACGACAGCAGUGACUGAGGAAGGUCCGAUCCUCCCAACGGUCUGUCCAUCUCUCUGCCGUGGAGGAAGUACUCUGCUGAUUACAUUUUUUGUGUUUUCCAUCCUUGUGAUUGAAUCAUGAUCAUGAUCCACCGAGAGAGGAAUUCUGGAUUAAUUCAUUAAUUCACUUCGGAGUUCUGGUCUCAUCUACAAACCAAAAUGUUUUACCCUUUUCUCUGAAUCCAGCAGGGAUAAAUACUUUCCUGAACACAGUGAUUAAUCAGUCACUUGAGAAACUGCCUGGGUGACCAGCAGCACUUUGAGAUAAAGUUUUGACUGUUCAUCACAGCCCUUCUCCCUUCCCUCUUAAUUAGCUUCAGUUAGUCACUACAGAAAACAAAGGUGCUAAUGAGAGACUUGCCCUCUGCUCUAUACUCAGCUUAAGUUAAUUUCUUCUUCUCUUUCUUUCUUAUUUUUGUCCGUGCUCUCUCUCCAUGGACCUAAACAAGGUAACUGCUUGUAAUUUCUGCAGGGAAAAGCAAAUGUUUGGGCUGUAGCCUCUGUCUUUGGUUUCCUUUCAGGUAUUUCACCAAACAGGACUUUAUUAUAACAGAAUUCUGCACUAUUUUUUGUAAAUUGGACUCCAGCAAAAUGAAAAGUUUCCCUUUUAUAAAUAUAUAUUGUGCUAAACCCAGAGCUUUUUCUAAUCUACUAUAGCUGCUUUUGACAAAUCAACUAAAGCUUGUCUCACGGUGAGCGAUUGUUUCUCUUUUAACAACCACGUAUGAGUUUUCUUAGAGGCUGUCCCCAAGCUUACUCUGCCGCCUUCUAUACCCUCACAUAGUGCCUUGUAGAAAACUCAGCUUAGCCUUCAGCAAGCAGAAAGGUUAUUAGAUAAUAAAACAAGACUGCAAAAAACAGCGACUUCAUGAUAGGUUGACUCUGAAACACAUUAUAGAGGGUGGGGUUGUUGUUUGGUUUUGUGUGAAUACCAGGGCGAUUAUAGACCAGGGAUCAGAUGGGAACGGUUCAAUUUGUUCCUAGAAACACUUGAAAGUCACUUAAACCAGCCAUCCAAUCUUGUAAGGGCAGUCACCGGCUUUUCCAUUUAGCUGCUAGUGGGCAAUUUUUCACUAGAGGAACCUAAUUGCCUUGUUUCCACAUUGUGUUAAAAACCAGAGGAUGAAUGGAAAGUAUUGGUGAUCAACAUUCUCUCACACACACACACACACACACACACACACACACACACACACACACACACACACACACACACACACACACACACCUUUCAGCUUUCAACAGAUGGCUUGUGUGGACCUGUGUUCCAGACGAGGCUGAUUGAACUCUAGUUGAGAGGUUGCUUUAGACCUUGUGAAAAUCUUUCGUAGCCGACCAUGGCUGGGAAAUCUAGUUAGACUUCUAUCAAACACCCCAUUGCUGAUCAAACAAUCUAAAGUUUACCUUCAGAAAUAAAUAACUAGCCAGCCAAAUAUACUCUGAUUCUGAAUAUUGAUUGAAUAAAGCACACAUUACUUUGCAGUGCUGGUCUGAUAUGUUAAUUUGUUCCCAAAAAGCUGUUUUACUGACCCCGCCUGUGAGUAAUUAUACAGCAUUUCCCACAUAUUUUAAUUCCAUUUUGGCUCCAUUGUCCAUCCAUGCUAAACAAUACCCUUCAUAAAGGGCCCUUUUGGAAAUAUUUUAAUCAGCAAGUACCCUGUGAUACAUAAGUAAUUGAGCAUUACAAUCACCUGCAUCUCCAAUGAGUCUUUCAUCCCCUUUAGCUGCUAGGCCCUGUUCUGCUCUGCAGCUGAGCUCAGAGUUUGAGACACAAAAAGCAUUACAGCUUCUAGCAACCGUAGUUCUAGGGUUUGCAGCAGAAGAUCUCCAGUUGUCAGAUGGAGUACAGGACAGUGGUGCUAGAAUCCACUGAAACAAGAACUCAAGCAGAGUAAUGACCUCCAAGUCCAACACAAUGCCAAGAUGGCCAAAAUAGCGUCUUGAGUAACAUGAGAUUAGAAGGCCUUUGGGAUUGAACUUUUAAAAUAAGGUCAAGGUGUUAUCAGCUACCAAAUCAGUCAUGAAUCGUGGUGUUCCUUCAAACAGACUGCAAAAAUAAAAUCUGCUAAACCAAGUUGCAAAAUAUUCUUGUGGGGCUGUUAAGUCUCUGUUACAACUUUAAUGUCACAUUAUAACAAAAGACAAAAAUUGGUAAAACAUGAAGUUGCUAGAGUGGGUAAAGACAAAGAAUUGAAGUUUUUUGCACCUGGAUGGGUUUUGUUAGCUGUAGGUUAUUUUUAUCUUUGUGUUAUACAAACGGAUCCAAUUAAUGUAAUACCUCACAGAGAGGUAGCAGCAAGCAGUAGUUCGGAUUCUGUUUGCGAUACGAUUGUUUAACACUCAGCUAAUGCCUCCAGUGAAUGACUGAAUGAAUGAAAUGAAAUGAAAUGCAGUAAUAAGGAAGUUUUAGGGCCUGGUGUGUGUUUUUCUUUUCUUGCACAAGUGUGAACCAUAGGUUGUGAAAUUCCUACCUGCUCAGCAGCUUAGCAGGUUUUCUGGAAUGAACAUCAGGAAAUCGGCAUGUUGUCUUCCUGUCACUUGCCCUUUACUGUGCUGCUCUUUUAGGUCAGAGGGAAAUACUGUGUCAUAAAACAAACACACCUCUUUUGAACUCUGCCAACACAAGCUACCAUAACAGUCUGUCCAUCUUUCUUUCCUUCCUUCCUUCCUUGUGUACUUGCUUCCUUUUUCAGUACCAUCACUUCUCCAUGGAAACCACAGCUUGUAGAUCAUGUGACACAGUGUGUGUGAAUUAAGUCAUGUGAUUGAGUACUGAACGAGGAACUGAAAAAAAAACUCCUUUGGGGAAUUGACUACCUUCUACAGCCUGCAGAGAACUCAGGUUCAGUUAGCUUACCAGAUGUUCAUGUUAUCAGUUUCAGUGCGAGUUUCUGUUCUCAGUGAGUCCUGUGAAGAGUUUCAUUCCUCAGACCAACAUUUUCCAAAUAAACAGCACUCAGUUGACUCUGAACUCCCCAGGAUCAUUAAUUUCUCUGUAUUUAUGACCCAAGCUUGUAUUCAGAUACUCGUCAGUCUGCUUCUCUGCUGUAUUCACUCUGCUGGCUCAUUCUGUGCUGUUGGAGGUCUCAGGAUUGUCACUAUUUGUAAAAGUGCACUUGUAGCAUCUAAACCAAGACUGAGUUAGGAUUCUUGUCUGUCCUGUUUCCCUGCGUCACUGCAUGUCGGCUCAGAAAAUCCAACAUUUUUGUCAGAUUGACGCAUCACGCUUCACAUUGACGGGCAUUUAAAAUAUUCUCAAGAAAAGAUUUUGCAACUCUGGAAUAUUGACGUCACACUAGAAACACAAGACAUGCAGUACAUGACAGUCAUGUCAUCUGCCAGGAAUGCAUUAGAAUGCCAGGUAUUUUACCUAUUGACAACUCGACUGAACGAGUAAUCUUAACAUAUUGUAUGAACCUGUCGAAGUGUGAAAGCAGGACAUCAGCAGCUUGGAUGAGACUUUUUUUUUUUUGUUUGUUUUAAAUGAGCUACAGAGAGUGUAAAGGUCACCAUAAAGUCAGCGUAGACUGCUGCAUUGAUUUCACUAAAGUGCAUCUGUUUGAUCGGCUGACUGAAAAAGUCAAAACACCUCCUACGGGGACAGCCUGUCUCACACCCAACAGACCCAAGCAGACUCUCACUCACGUGAAACUUCAUUUUCACAGACGGGUGAAAGUGUGAACUUGUUUUUUGGAAGUUUUCUUCUCGUUAAAUAGAGCACACUAACUGCAUCAAGUUUUUUGGAAUGAAGCUCCUCAUAGGUGUUUGUUUAAAACAUUAAAAGACGUGGGAUAAGAUGUAUGUGAGCACACUGCAGUCAGGACUAGAAACAGAAACCACAGGAGUGAUUUUGCUUUUAUCUGAGAUCAAACGGGAUUGGGAAAACAAGUUUGCGUUGCUUCUAACAAAAGCUGAACCUUUACCUUUAUGUCCAACACCUCUGUGAUUGUCUACAGAUGACUUCCUUCAUUUUGACUUUCUUUCUACACAGAUAUAUGGUAACAGUACAGCAUUAAGCAUCUCAGUAAACCAGCAGAACAGGAAGAAGAAAGGGAUCAUUUUCUUGUUAUGAUCUUAUAGGUUAAACUUUCUGGUAAUGUUAUAGCGAUAAGAGAAAUGACCGUGUUAAUGAUCACUAACCAGCUGUCCUUUAUACUCACUGUGGCGGUGGUGCUCACGGAGAGACGAUGACGUCACAGUCGAAUCCAGAAGCACAAAGUCCGGCCUCAGGUUUGCUGUGGAUUGCACUCAACAAAGUCGGCACAUGGACUCUGAUCCAGGUUGUUACCAUAUACUGUCAGAUCCACAGCGACUGGACAUUUUCAAAUGAAUCCUCAUGUUGUUUUAAGCCUGUUGAUUUUUGUACAUUUGUACAGAUUUGGGUUCUUUGGGUUGUAAUGUUUUUGUUGUACAGUUCUCAUCAGUUUCUGAAAUGACGCUGUCUCAAGUCUCUUUGUGCUCAGCCCUCCUCUUUGUCCUGUCUGUCACAUGUCAUCAGCAUCUGCAGCUUUGUAAUACGGUUUUAAAAAACAGAUGGGAACGUUUUGAUGGUCACCAUGCAGCCACGUGUGUUUUAAGAGAUCCUGCUCCUCAGGAAAGGCAACAGCAGCCAGCAAAUAUUAAAUGCCCGGUUCAAAGACACCUAGUUCCUGUGUUUUUGGGGGGGUUAUAUGCACUUAAACAGGUCACAACGCUGAUUUCUUGGUAGUAAAACUUCUAGUAUACAGUACAAAGACUAAGGAUUGCAAUAUGUAUUUGUUUUUAAAUGUCUCAUUCCACAGUUUGACUAAAAUUGAAUCAAACUCCAGCCAAAUUAGAUUUUUUUUUUUUUUUCACCUCCCAGACAUAUUGACCAAGAGAAAUGACACAGUCUGAUGCAGACGUACAAAAACCUGAUGAGUCAUUACUCCCCCCACAAGAUUGUCUGUACAAUGUGAUCCUGCUGCAGACUGAACCAUGAACAUAAAAACAUCAUCUAAAUCUUGGCUGAUUGAGAAUGUUACACUUAACUGGCUUCCCCCCCCCACUUUUCCAUCUGGCCAGAACUUUUGUGCUGUAAAUCACAGUGUCCAGCUGUUUGUGUGUUCACGCUGUGAGCAACAUGUCUGACAGGUGGCGCUGUUUGUGUUGAUUGUAGAUUGAGGGGUUCUGAUUACUUCUCCAAGCAUUGAUUAAAAAAAUGUCACAUGUAAACAAAUCGCACAUGUAAUUGUUUUGAUUUUUAGAGGAUUUUUUUUUCUUUUUCUUAAAUAGCCCAAUAGUGAAACUAAUGCAGGGAAGGGCACGUUAAUAACAAAUAAAUAAAAUAAAAAUAAAACCUUCAACUGAAAGAGUGAAUAUAAUGUGCGUUACUUGUGACUUUUUUUUUAAAGCUGAUCAGUCCUCUGCUGCAUUCAGGCGAUGCGCUUGUAUUCAAAACUCUAAAGUUAUCUCAAGCAUGUGACCUUUAUGUUGUGUUUAUAGGUCGUGAACUGGCAAAGCAGUGGAAAAGUCACCGGAGGCUGUAAAUAAUCUAAACCUAACAUCUAGUAUUUGUUCUUGUUAGUAGCAUGGAUUUGCAGCUGGAAGCUGUGCAGAAAAUUGAUUCAUUAUCAUGAUUUUUCUCGGCUUUUUCCAGCACACAUUUCAUCCUUCAGUGGCUGUAAGAACAGCUGAGACAGCCACAGCGCUGCAGGGAUAAUUAAAGCUCAAAAUCUACUUUUUUGGACAAUUUGCUGUGAGUCUGACACAUACAGGUCUAUCAGGAUAGUGUGGACUCACUCUAUACACAUGUCCAAACUUAAGCGCCAAAUGUAACAGAAAGACGGUCUUUGAGUCCAGAGGUAAAAUACUAAGGCUAUAAAGAUAUAAAUAGGAGAAAAAUGAAUGCUUUUAUUUUGAAAAUAUAAUAAUUUUUAUAUUCAGCCAGUAAACUAACACAUGGUGGUUGAAUGCUGCUCAAUUCAGCUCAUGUCGCUCACAGUAUGAACCACUUGGUUGAGGGUGGUGAUGUUUUCAGGUGUGGGAUAAUAUCCGCAAGUGAAUCGGAGAAGAGCUGCAGAUCCUGAGCUUCACACAUUUUCCUUAGGAGCUGACUUGGGACAGCUGAAAAAGAUUUCAUUGCUUCUUGUGAUUUCGGUUUUGUUGUACAAAUGUUUUCUGUUGCGGUUUGAUUUCAUUGUUUGUUUUAUUUCCUAGUUUUGCGGGUAAUCUUAAUUCUCUAAAAAGGGCUUAAAUCAGAAUGUAACCCGGCAUAUCUUCUUCAUACUAAUUCUUUAAGAAUUGCUUUAGUAUCUCUUAUAUAAAUGAUGUAUUGGUUAAAAUUCAAAUAUUGUCCUGUGUUGUCUUUAUUUGACCUCUUUCUGGGAAAAAAUAAGAGGGUCAUCUUGUGAAAACAGAUUUCAUGAUUAUUAAACGUGAUUU